AUGCCCCCACGACGAAUCUCCUAUGUGAUCCCGGCUCCACAAACACCUCCACCUCAACUUGAACUCCCAGCUGUUGGAGUCCCCCGAAACGGACAGACAUCUCCUCUCUUUAUUCCCGCCGACUCUCAGUCUGCGCAUGAUACACAUGAUACACAUGAACCGGCCCGGAGCACAUCGAGACCCUCCCAUCCACAGCACCGCCUGCCAGUCUCGGCACUUGCGAUUGACAAGAGCACUCAGCUCCUAGACCGCUCGUCGCCAGAGGGGAUCCUGUAUACGAGCGGUCGAGAUGGCCUAGUUGCCGCAUGGGAGUUGGGCGUUCCUAUGAAGAGGCGGAGUACUCGGGAAAAGGACAGGAAGCGCCAUUGGGAAGCCUUGACUGGAUGGGACGAAGCGGAUGACUCGAGCGAUGACGAGGACGAGGAGGAUGCGAUCGGUAAACCUCCGCGCCCGAAACGGGCUCUGCCGCCGGUCGACGAGAACGGCUGGGCAUACGAGGAUAGAUGGGAGGUUGCUGGAGAUAGUCUCCAACCAGCCCAGUUUCGACAAUCAGUUCAACUUCAUACCGACUGGAUCAACGAUAUUGUACUCUGCAAUAUGAACCAAACGGUGGUAUCUGCGUCUUCUGAUGGCACUUUGCGAACAUACAACCCGCACUCUACCGGGACCCCCAACAUCCUUGGAACGCAUUCCGAUUACGUUCGGUGCUUGGCUUAUGCGCCCGGUCCUCGCUGGGUUGCUUCUGGAUCAUUCGACCGGACUGUCAAAAUCUGGGACGUUUCUCGCGCGGUGGGGCUCACGGGCUCAAGGUUGGACUCUAGUGCCGAACUCACCUCGCUCUCGAUGAGCGAGUCGGACCCCAAGGCCUCGAUUUAUGCUAUUGCGACCGAUCCUGCUGGAACGCUUGUCGCUGCUGGAGGGCCCGAGCGUGUUGUACGCGUUUGGGAUCCUCGUAUAGCUACUGGAGGGAAUGCUGGUGGGGAACCUCGCUGCCUGAGCACUCUUCGUGGCCAUACAGAUAAUAUACGAGCGAUAUUGAUAAGCGAAGAUGGUCGUUAUAUUUUGACAGGUUCCUCAGAUGCUUCCAUUAAACUAUGGUCACUUCCGAUGCGGCGGUGCAUUCACACUUUUUCGGUCCAUUCAGAUUCGGUCUGGGCACUACAUAGCACACACCCUCAACUUCAUAAUUUCUUAUCAGGCGAUCGAGCGGGCUGGAUUUGUCGAUUCGACGUAACUCAGCCGGUUCGCCCCCUGGGCAGCGAAACGUUCAACCCAACGCCAAGCAUACAAUACAAUCCCACUAGGUCUCCAGUUUCUCCCGGCUUUGCGAGCACCCAUACGCCGCGACAUUCGAUUGCGGGCACACUCAACUUGGCAGAAAAGGGUCGGGGUGAUGAGAUGGAUUUAAGCGACGCGUUUUGCGUGGUUAUCGGUCGGGCAGGCUACGAGGCUCGCAAUGAAAUGACCCACAGUCAUCACGAAACCGAGCGAGGCAUAACUGCCUUGGCUUCCAUGGAUGAUACCUGGGUUUGGACUGCGAGCGGGAACUCGAGCGUACAAAGAUGGCGAAAUGUAGGCGCACUAUCUAACGCUGGAGAAAAUUGGGGUAGCCGGGUUUCACCUGUUACUUUGAAAGACAAUCAAUCUGGCCCUUCUCCGCCUGCCCGAAUGGGAUCCCCGCCCCCUCGUGUAGGAUCUCCUGGCCCGAGACCUCCACAUGUUUCUCCUCCAAAUUCGUCUUUUACUAGUCCCGGUAGAAAGCGCGUAUCAAUAGAUGUUUCUCAUGCGACAACAAAACCCGAGCCGGAAAUCGCACCCGUAGCUGUCCCAGCCCGUAUACCCUCAGCUACUUCCACGGUACUUCCUCAAACGCCCUCUGUUCUUGUGCCAUAUACGACUCUUGUCCGACUAGCGGAACCCAAUCCCUUCAAAUUAAAUCCCCACGACCCGGAAACAGCCACGCUAUAUUCUCACUCGGGAGCUUCCGUUCAUUGGAACGUUCAUCGGGAGGAUUUAGCCAUGGGUUCUGGAUUUUUCGGACUCCCUCCGAGCGGAAACCAAGGCUCUUAUGCGAAUUCACUGUAUAAAGCACCUCCCUUGAGUCACACUUCUUCGCUUCCACUGGUUCAAACCACCUCUCCCGGCGCAGCGCCCUCCUUGAACCAUACCACCUCCAACCUCCCCUUGACCUCUCCCCCACUCUCGCACCCGAAUACCCUCCCAAUCGCAUCCGACGUCUCAGAGACUAUUCCUCUCUCAGCCGCGCCCGCAGACGAAAUAACGGGCAGCUACGGUCUCGUCCGAAGCGUAGUCCUAAACGAUCGCGUACACGCCUUGAGCGUCGACACAAGGGGCGAAGUCGCGGUAUGGGACGUCGUUCGGGGAAAGUCCAAGCUCAGUCCGCGAGAGGCACUCGAUCUUGUUCGGGACCGGAUCGAGGGGGAGUCCAUGACUCCCGCGUGGAUCAAGGUCGACACUCGGGUCGGGGACUUGACCGUUCAUUUGGAGGAGCCCAAGUGUUUUGAUGCCGAGGUGUAUGCAGACGAGUUGAGCUGGGUGGAUUUGGAAGGGAUGAAGUUGGAGAAUCCGCAUGAGCAUCGACUGAAUCUCGGCAAAUGGGUAUUGGUCAAUUUGUUUGCCGAGUUCAUCCAGGCAGAACGUGCACUCAGUGCAGAGCUUACCGCUCCUACACCUCGAGCCGCUGCUGCCGGCCUACCUUCAAUGGCUGUACCCAACCUGCCUCCAGUAGACGAAGGCCAAGCAACUCAGGGAGAUGACGGAAUUAAUUCGAUACCUGCUUCACCCAGGCCGGUACCUGGUUCUCCAUUGGCACCUGCUACCCCCCUAGCACUGGGAAGUAUACCAUUGGCGCCAUCCAGUCCUGUCGUUGGAACCGGGCUCCGAACCCCACGAGCGACACACAUCUCGCUCACCUCUCGACCGACUCAUAUUCCAAUUCCGUCUCGUACCCGGUCUGCAUCCGAGGCGAGUGUAGGCGGGUUUGGACUCGGACUGGGUUUGGGGAGCCCGACAGGGUCUGGUCUAGGUUCAGCUACACUUGCUCCUAUGAUGACCCCUGCCAUUCUUCCCGACAACGAUGCUCUAGCGGCUCCCCCGCCAAACGUCCUUUCGCCGAUCCGAGAGCUCCAGAGCCCUGGAAUGCUACCGAUUGGCACAAUGUCACCAGGGCAAAUAAGCCCUGGAGAGAAGAUACCAAGUACUACUGGUACCACCGGCGGACCCAGCAAUGACUAUUUCUCCGCGGUCAAGGCUGGGAAAGAAAGGGAAGGUGCUGGGAUCACUUCGCCGACCGAGCCCGUUACGCCUGGCGGUGGAGGACUAAUGGGUCGUUUGAAGAAUUUGGGCAAAGCAGGGAAACGUGGGCCUGUGGUUCCCGGGACUCCGGGCGGGAUUAGUGCCACAUUGGAAGAAACGGCGGCGACUGAAGUUGAGCCCGAGGUGGAAGAGAAACCAGAUCCUGAACGAAUGAAACAUUUGAAUCAUCUCUCCUCCCUGCUUUCCAGCCAAAUCACGCCGCCUCACCCAAAUGAUGCGCCUCCCGUAAACUUCCCUCCGCAUACGAUCGUUACCAUUUCGGAAAUGACUGCGAGCGCCGAGGCUUCUGGUGGAAUGGUGCUUUUCUCGGGCUCCGUCGGUGGUCUCGGUGUAGAUGUAGAAGCGCUCGAAAUGGCUCUUCCCGGUUGGCUGCUCGAGUACUUGCUUGCCAAUCGGUUUACCUUGCCUCCAAGUGGCGCUGCUGGACAGAAAAUGGGAUUCUUGCUGCUUCCAUGGAAAGGUGAUAGAGAUGUUUUACCAGAACUAGUCGGAAGUCAAUCGCGCUUGACUGCGAGUCGAUUCCUGAGAGUGUCUAAAGUCGCUCAAUACGUACAUGACAAACUGUUGAACGCCGCCAAAGAACGACAAAUAAAAGAACCGACAGAAAACUCAGAGCCGUUGCCGGAGGAAAAUAUCGAGUACGAGGUGCUGUGUAACGAGCAGGUGCUGAGCGUUGGUAUGACUCUCGCCGCCGUCAGGCAGUACGUGUGGCGAAACGCCGGAGAGCUCACAAUGCACUAUCGGAUCAAAGAAACAUGGAAUGGUCUGUAA